UUUACGCAAUUACUAAAUUCGGGUAAAUUUAUUAUGUCAUGAAGUGUAAUUAUUAAGUGAAGACAUGUUGGGCGAUACUUGGCGGCCCUUAGAUUGCGUUUUUUGUAAUAAUCAACCACAAAAUCCGCCAAUUUUUAGCUGCAAAGCAGGACAUCUCGUUUGUUCAUCGUGUUAUGGAGUUUUAUUACAUCAAAUUGACGCGAAAAAAAUUCAUUUAAUUCAUUGUAAAUUAUGUAAUGCGGAAAUAACAAACACGCGAAAUUUAAUUGCUGAACUUCUUGUUGAAAAUGCAUCAAAUUUAAAAUCACAAGAAGCUUUGUUACCAAAAUUAAAAACCAUUUCAUCAUCUGAUUCAUCAUCGGAGUCAACAUAUUUAUCAAAUCGUGGAAGUAAGCCACGUUCAUAUAAUGGAUUAGAGUUGCCAAAUACAUCUGAUAAUUCGUCCAUGUUGAAUGUUAAAUCACGAAGACCAAUUUGUUGUCCAGAGUAUACUUGCCGUCAUAUGGUUGCAGUGGCUUCAUUGGUUUCACAUUUUGAAUUUGAACAUCCACGUGCUUUAAAAUUAGAACUAGUACCCGACGUUCGAGAAGAUUUUGUUGUAUCUAGUGAUAUAUUCAAUCAGACAUAUUACUAUUUAAUUGUUUGCUUUUGGUUGGCGACGAUCAUGAAACAAGACGAAAUCGUUCAUCAUUGCCGAUAAAUAAAAAAGUUCAACAUUUACGAACAGCGAAAUAUUUACCAGUUGCCCUUCUUUGUGCGAUGUUAAAAUUUCCAAUCAAUGGUGAAAUUGAAGACUCUGGUGAUAAUAAUAACUUUUCUACCUCAUUACAACAAAAUCUAAACAUAUCAUCGGGAUCAUGUAAAGAUAAUUGUGAAGAAUUUGAAACAACAAAGGUAAAUAACUUUAUAAUUUUAUGGGCAUCAACAUUGGAUACAGACUCAACCAAAUUAAUUCGAUGUACAAUUGAAAUCAGUGACUUUGACCAUAAACUAUUAUAUCGUUUUCAUGGGGGCUUAAAUUCAAUUCGUGAUAGUCAAGAGCC